AAUUCCUCAAGAGUGUUCACUGGUGCAGCUACCUCUGAAUUCUAGUGGAGACUCGGGUGAUUUGUUCAAUGUGAUAACUGCUAACUUUAGUCUAGAAUGGACUGUUUCUGAAGAAGGCCUUAGUUGUUUCCAUGGAGGAGGCCAGUGUCUUACUUCCAAUAAUAACCAAUUCUACUGCAAAAAAGGAAAUAAUAGACUUCAAAAGAUCCUUUUCAUAGGAGGUAUCACCAUAACCGCUUUUACAUCCUCUUUGAUAAUUAUAUUCGUUUCAAUUCGGAGGAAGCGUGCAAAGGUGAAACAAGAGCAUGAUAGAGACAUUGAACUCUUUCUCAAGAACAAUGGCAAUCUUGCACCAAUGAGAUACAAAUACUCUAGUAUCAAGAAAAUGACAAACUCAUUUACUGAAAACUUGGGAAGAGGAGGGUUUGGCAGUGUCUACAAAGGACACUUUCCCGAUGGUCAUCUUGUAGCAGUGAAGGUCUUGAACGAAUCUAAUGAAAAUGGGGAAGAUUUCAUGAAUGAGGUUGCCAGUAUUAGCAGAACUUCCCAUAUUAAUAUUGUCACGCUUUUAGGAUUUUGUUUUGAAGGUUCUAAAAGAGCUCUCAUUUAUGAUUUCAUGCCUAAUGGAUCUCUUGAAAAGUACAUUUGCAACAAUGCUUCGUCAUCUGCAGAAUCUAGGUUGGAGUGGGAUAAGUUGUUUGAGAUCGCACUUGGCAUUGCUCGAGGGCUAGAGUACUUGCAUCAAGGCUGCAAUACGAGGAUUCUUCAUUUGGACAUUAAGCCUCAGAACAUUCUUCUAGAUAAGGACAUGAAUCCAAGAAUUUCAGAUUUUGGGCUUGCUAAAUUGUGUCCAAACAGAUCGAGCAUAGUCUCUAUGAUGGUGGCAAGAGGGACAAUAGGGUACAUUGCCCCUGAAGUAUUUUCUAGAAACUUUGGGGAAGUUUCUUAUAAGUGUGAUGUGUAUAGUUAUGGUAUGUUGGUGUUGGAAAUGGUUGGAGGAAGGAGAAACAUUGAUCGAAGAGAAGUAGAUCGUACGAGUGAAAUAUACUUCCCACAUUACCUCUACAAGCAGCUUGAGAUGAAUGCAGAAAGAGAUGGAAAUCUUGCUAGAAAUUUCAAUGAAGAAGAUGAAAGCCAGUUUGUAAAGAGAAACUUGAUGAUUGUUGGGUUAUGGUGCAUUCAGACGAACCCUAAGGAUCGACCAUCGAUGAAGAGGGUUGUAGAGAUGUUGGAAGGGAAACUUGGAUCAUUGGAGAUUCCACCCAAACCUUACCUUUACUCUCCACCAAGAGCAGCACCAAGCUAUUCAACUUCUGAAUCUCUGUAGUAUUUUGCUUGAAUUUGUAUGUUAAAAGUGAAGCUUUAUGUUUUAUAUGCUUCGAAUUGCAUUGGCCUUGUUGAAAAGAA